CGUUCUUUCCCUCAAUUGCAUUCUUUCAAAUACUAUCCAUCGUUUAGCGGUCUACUAAAGCUCUAGCUAUCUGUUGUUGCAGGUCAAAAUGACAAAGAAGAGCGUCUUUGAUCUUCGUGAUCCGAACAUGGCCUAUCGCCUGUCUGGCCAGCUCCCCGGCCCAACGCCUGUGUACGCUCCCAGUACAGCACCUUCCCAGACGACCACCAGCACAACCUCGUUUUCUCCUGCAGAUUAUGCAGAGCCUUACUGUGACUUUAUGACUGCGCAUCCCACCAUCUUCCACGCCGUCGACGGUUUCACAAAGGAGCUCGAAAGCAAAGGCUACAAGCGCCUACCUGAGCGUGAGACCUGGACGUCGAAGCUACAACGUGGUGGGAAGUACUACUGCACCCGGAAUGGUAGUGCGUUUAUUGCAUUCUCUGUGGGAAAGGAUUACCAGAGUGGGAAUGGCUUGGCUAUUGUGGCAGGCCACAUCGAUGCCUUGACCGCCAGAUUGAAGCCUAUCUCUAAGCUUCCUACCAAGGCUGGAUUCGUUCAGCUAGGUGUUGCGCCGUAUGCCGGCGGCCUCAACGAGACAUGGUGGGAUCGCGAUCUGUCAAUUGGCGGUCGUGUCUUGGUCCGGGACCCCACUUCCGGGAAGGUAGAGUCGAAAUUGGUCAAGUUGGACUGGCCAAUUGCUCGGAUUCCUACUCUGGCUCCUCAUUUUGGCGCUCCUUCGCAAGGGCCUUUCAACAAGGAGACACAGAUGGUCCCUAUAGUUGGUAUCGACAACUCUGAUCUCUUUCAGCAGCAAGUGUCACCUACGGCCCACUCGAGUAGUGGUAUCCAGCCCGGGUCGUUUGCGGCAACCCAACCAGAGAGAUUGGUCAAGAUCAUUUCAAAGGAGCUGGGGAUCACAGAUUAUGAUACGAUCCUGAGCUGGGAGUUGGAGCUCUAUGACAGUCAACCAGCUCGCCUUGGUGGCUUAGAGAAGGACCUUAUCUUCGCCGGUCGCAUCGACGACAAAUUGUGCUGCUACGCCGCUCAUCAGGCGCUGCUAGCUUCUUCAGAUGACGCAUCGACUGGGUCAAUCAAGAUGGUUGGCAUGUUUGACGAUGAGGAGAUAGGCAGCUUGUUGCGCCAGGGUGCCAGAUCCAACUUUAUGAGCAGCGUCAUUGAACGCAUCACGGAAGCUUUUGCAUCAUCCAACUACGGACCCAAUCUUCUCUCUCAGACAGUGGCCAACAGCUUCUUCGUUUCCUCAGAUGUCAUUCACGCCGUUAACCCUAACUUUCUGAACGUGUACUUGGAGAACCAUGCCCCGCGCCUCAAUGUCGGCGUGGCCGUCUCCGCCGAUUCGAAUGGCCACAUGACGACUGAUAGUGUCAGUUACGGCUUCAUCAAGCGGGUUGCCGACCGAUGCGGCUCUACUUUGCAGGUGUUCCAGAUCCGCAAUGAUUCUCGCAGCGGAGGAACCAUCGGACCCAUGACGAGUGCUCGCAUCGGCGUGAGAGCUAUUGACGUAGGAAUCCCGCAACUGAGUAUGCACAGCAUUCGCGCCACUACGGGUAGCUUAGAUCCUGGCCUGGGCGUUAAACUGUUCAAGGGCUUCUUUGACCACUUUGAGGAAGUCGACAAGGAGUUUGCCGACUUUUAGAUUUUGUUUUUUCAGCGAUGCUUUCCAUUGGGAUAUAGACACGCCUGUUUCGGUUGAGAUCGUCUCAUGCUAGACCGCCUUCCUCCCUUUAAGAGGUAGCUUUUUUGGCUAUGUUUUUUCUCUGUGGUCUGUGUUGGGCAGCUUGGGCUUGUCGACCAAUAACCCGAUAUCCAUCGCCUGGUUCCUUGUUGUCUCUAUGCUCAUGACCGUUAUCUUUUACCUUCUAUACGUCUUCGUCACAUGCCCUGCCUGGUUGCUACUAAGCUAGACUUUAUGUGCCCAUGUGCUUACUUGGCGCAGACCAAGGCACAUAUCUAACUGCAGUCUGCAGCUUAUUCCGUCGUUUCGCUGUAGUAGCAAUAGUAAGACUUUAGCGCCUGACGAUGCGCGCUUAUCGCUCGCUGUGAACCUCAU